UGGAAAUUAGGGCCCUAAAUUUCUUGGAAAUAAGCUAGGUACCUACACCUAACAUAUGUAGUACAAGCUCAGGUACAAGCUCAAGCACCUUUUCCAAAGUACAUCAUCGAUCAUCUAACUAUCUGGAUUGAUCAUUGAUCUGUACCAAGUUCCAAUCUACCUAGUUACACUACAAAUCCACACUACAACUUUCAUCGUCGACACUUAUAUUGACACUUAUAUUCCCACUUCAUUUCGAGCCUCAAAACCGUCUUUAGCGACAAUGCUCGUUUCUCUUACCGUCGGCAAAGUUGAUGCCGGCGUAACUGUUUUACUAACCCCUGAUAAACGUUUGAUCGAAUUCCCCUCAAUUCUAUUACCCCCAAAUAUCGUUUCAGGCUCCAUAGUCGACAUCACCGUCUCUCGCAACAACGAAUCUGAAGCUAAAGCAGAGGCCCAGUUCUCAGCUCUUCAAGAUCGCAUAUUCUCCUGCUUCGGCGCAUCCGAACCUAGUAUACCUGUCCUCAGCUGCCGCAAUGCCACCCAAACCUCUGUAGUCCUCGAGUGGGACCCUAUCGAGCUCGCCACUGCCGACCUCAUCUCCCUCUCCCUUUAUCGCAAUGGUCAGAAAGCUGGGAACAUCCCUCGGCCCCUGCAGAUGCACAGCACCAAGAUCAGCGGCCUUGCGGUCGAUUCCGAAUAUACCUUCCAUCUGGUCCUGCGCACCACCGCUGGCAUAAAAACCAGCAAGCAGGUCGUUGUCCGCACCCACAAAAUGACCGACCUAAGCGGCAUAACUAUUACUACGGGUAUCCUGCCACCCCACACGCGCGAGGAGCUCACCAAGGCUGUCGAGCGCAUUGGCGCUAAGAUCGUCGAUGGUGUACGCAUCGAUACUACGCAUUUUGUUACAACCGAAGGGCGCGGCGUACCGUGGGAGAAAGCUGUCGAGAUGAAUAUUCCCGUUGUACGACCAGAAUGGGUGGAUGCCUGCGAAAAGAACGGUCGCAUCCUGGGUGUUACCAAGUUUUAUUUGGAUGCCCCGAGACCUGCCCCUGUUGAAAGCAGGGAGGAGACGCCCAAAUCAGCGCCGUCCCCUGCGCCGAUACAAAACAUCCAGAAGGACCUUCCACCGGCGCCGGCCCAGUCUAGCAGUAAUAAAGAAAUAGAAGCUAAGCAGGACGAGGAGAAGAGUGAAAGCAGCGAGGAGGAAGACGACGAGGAUAAGACAGGAGAUGAAGAGAAGGCAAAAGCCACCGACGAGCAGAAAGUAAGGCUUGAGGAUAAAGAUACCCAGAAGGUCGCCCUACGACCUGGAAACCAAUCGCAAGCCGACGAAAAGGAUAUCGAAGAGAAAGAGAGCAAGAAGAAGAGCGAGAAGGAGAGCGGGGAUAGCUCAGACGAAAAGGGGCCCGCGCCAUCUCCUGGAGACGAGGCGUCUUUCCAAAAUGUGGAGCUGUAGGGGCGCGGUCGAGCCUUGAAAUAUAGCAUGGAGUUCUCAGGGGUUUCCCAAAAAUACCCGGCUAGGUCAUGAAAAUGGUAGUUGUCAGCUCCAACUAUUAAUAUACUUGUACAGUAAGAAGGAUGUUUUCGUUUACGUCCUUUGAAAUUAUACUUGUCGUAGUUUUAAUAAUCCAUGGAUGCCUUUGAGAGGCACGUUAUUCAUACAGGUGUUAGGAGAUGUAAAUAUAAUAUAUAAUAGGUUGACCAAAUAUCCAUCGGUACGCUA